GCGAACGGCGCAGCGCCAGCGUUGCGACGAUGCUGCCUUGGGGCGCCGCCAAGGAGCGGUCGGUGCACCCGACGUCGGUCAGCCUGGACGCCGACAUCCGACCGGGCGAGUUCGUCAUGCGAACCCUCUUCGCCGACUUCACCCUCCAGGCCGAGAAGAAGAUGGAAGCCGUUCUCGCCGAGCCUCAGGAGCGGCCGCUGUCGAAAGUGCUGCAACGAGGCGAGGACGCUCAGUUCGAUCAGCUAAUCUCGGCGUUCGGCUGUGUGGCCGAGCACUGUCUGCCCUCCAUUCUGCGCGCACUUUUCGCCUGGUACGAGCGCCAGAUGAGCGAUUCCAACGCCACCGAAGCCAAGAAGGUUGACUCCAAGGGCAAAAGGUCGGUUUCCACUUUCAGUCAUCCACCAAAAUCCAAUUAA